AUGGAUAUUAUGCAGAGCGAGGAAUAUAGAAGCACGAUCCUGAAAUGGCUUCUUCCGGAAGCGGUGGCUCUACCACGGCUUUUGAAAGAGUUUGCGAUCCAGAACAACCAAAACACGACGCAAUUGGGUGAACAUGGUGAUGCCAUUCUGGGAGGACUGAGCUCCUUGAGACUCAAUGUGGCGCAUGCAUCUGAUGCAGGAGUGUCAGAUGAAGAAGUUGAGAAAGAAAGAAUUGUUGAUUUCUACAAUCGUCUGCUGCCAUCUGUCUGGCCUAAGCCUGCAAUGUCGUCGCUUCGGAGCCUUGCUCUAUACGCCGACAUGAGUUGGGGGAACUAUCCCAGGAUGCCACUAAAGGCAACCCACUUCCCCAGUCUACGCACUCUCUCCUUUGGCAGAUACUGCUUUUCCGAGGAUGCUCAGCUGGAUUGGAUUAUCUCGCACUCGUCGACACUUCAAGAACUUUACCUUGAUGAUUGUUCGAUACUGUUUGAGUUCGCUGCAAGCGACACAGAUCCGCAACAUGAUUCUACCCUUCCAGGGACAAUUGUACUGCAGAGCCCUGACGAAGGCCGAGGACUGCGUUGCCAUUAUCGACGCCGGUGGCAUGACUAUUUUGCUUCUCUUGAAUCAGGCCUUCCUCACCUGCGGCAUUUUGCUAUUGGUCGUGGCGACUGGUACGAAGGAAUGCCCUUUGAAGAAGAGCAUCAAAUCAGGCCAGUAUUAUUGCGCGACAGAUAUAUGGUAGUCGACCGAUUCGUUUCGCAAGACCAGCACCCAAAAUGCGAUGAGAAAGAUAAGAAAGCACUGAAGCGGUUGUUCCGGAAAAUCGGUCAGAAGGUUGACUAUGGAGCGUUUCAAGGUCAAUAUUUCGAGGCGGUUGAUCUACUUCCAUUUAAGGGCUAUUGA